AAUGGGUUUAGUAAGAUCAGCUGCUCUGGAGGAAUGAUGGUUGGAAAACAUGGAGGAAUAUUUCUUCUGGGAAUCCUUGCAAUUCUCUGCAAUAUACAGAGUAUAGAUGGCUCUGCUCUGAAGACUCCUGGUGGCGAGGACACGGACAUAUCAAACAAUAUUGAUACCGGGGUCUCACCAUACUCUUCAAUCAAAACAGAACAAAGUCAACUUCUGAAGAAGAAGAAGAAGUACAAUGUUUGGUCUGGCAAGAUGAAGAAUACUGAGUUCCAAACCGCAAAACCAAAGAAAGGACCACGGACGACCACUACGAAGCACAAGGAUUUGAAGCUGCAGCAUCUUGACUUCGUGGAAACAGAUCUUCAGGGUCGAGAUCUUCAAACAAAAUACAAAAAUAAAAAACACGUUAUCAAGGCCAAGAAAGGAGACAUGAAAGACAAGAAGGAGAAAAUGAAAGAAAAGUUGGAGAGGAAGGAGAAGAAGGAGAAGAAGGAGAAGAAGAAAAUGUUAAAAAAGAUCGCAAAGCAAAACAAGAUCAAGAAGAAUUUGUCUGUAAAACCUUAAAAAAAAAACAAUGAGAGCCAAAAUAAUUGCUGCAUUUAUUUCAUGAACGUGCUUUGUUUAUAUUUUGUGCCUCAAAAUUAUAAAAGAAUAAAAAAGUGUUAAAUAAAUUCAUUAAUCAUAA